AUGUCAACAACAGCCACGAUGGGUGAAAUGGCAAACAGCGCAGUGGAGUUUUAUCCUAAAGGGAGUCGGGCCACAGGAGGAGGAAGGGCAGAUGGCAGUCUAGCAGGGGGAGACUUUGGCGUCACUGUGCUGGAGCUCAGGGAGCUGAUGGAGCUCAGAGCGGGUGAGGCCCUGACGAAGAUCCAGGACAGCUAUGGAGACACAGAGGGACUCUGCCAGAGACUACAGACCAACACCAUUGACGGUCUCAGCGGGGAGCCAGCGGACAUGGAGCGUCGGCACGUAGCGUACGGCCAAAACUUCAUCCCGCCAAAAAAGGCCAAGACUUUCUUGGAGCUUGUGUGGGAGGCCUUACAGGACGUCACGCUCAUCAUCUUGGAGGCCGCCGCCAUCAUCUCCCUUGGCCUCUCUCUCUACCAGCCGCCCGGAGCUGAAACCGAAUCAUGUGGGGAAGGGUCAGGGGGUGCAGAGGAUGAAGGCGAGGCUGACGCCGGCUGGAUAGAGGGUGCAGCCAUCCUGCUGUCUGUUGUGUGUGUCGUCCUGGUGACGGCGUUCAAUGACUGGUCCAAAGAAAAGCAGUUCCGCGGUCUGCAGAGUCGGAUCGAGCAAGAGCAGAGGUUCACCGUUGUGCGGAAAGGAAAUGUCAUACAGAUCCCGGUGGCUGAAUUGGUGGUGGGGGACAUGGCCCAGGUCAAAUACGGGGACCUGCUACCAGCUGAUGGUAUCCUGAUCCAAGGCAACGACCUGAAGAUAGAUGAGAGCUCUCUGACAGGAGAGUCCGACCACGUACGCAAGUCUGUGGAUCAGGACCCCAUGCUGCUCUCAGGUACACAUGUGAUGGAGGGCUCGGGCAAGAUGCUGGUGACUGCUGUAGGUGUCAACUCACAGACGGGCAUUAUCUUCACCCUGCUUGGUUCUGGAGAGUUGGAAGAAGAGGUGAAGGAGAAGAAAGGAAAACAACCUGAUGGAGCUGUAGAGAACAAUCAGAACAAAGCCAAGAAGCAUGAUGGGGGUGUUGCCAUGGAGAUGCAACCCCUGAAGAGUGCCGAGGGAGGCGAGGUAGAGGAAAAAGAGAAGAAGAAGACCAGCGUUCCAAAGAAGGAGAAAAGUGUAUUGCAGGGCAAGCUCACGAAACUGGCUGUUCAAAUUGGCAAAGCAGGUUUGGUGAUGUCAGCCAUCACUGUCAUCAUUCUGGUGCUCUUCUUUGUCAUCAACACGUUUGUCGUUGAAGGUCGGGUUUGGUUGACAGAGUGUACUCCGGUCUACGUCCAGUACUUUGUCAAGUUCUUCAUCAUUGGAGUCACUGUGCUGGUGGUGGCUGUCCCAGAGGGCUUACCGCUCGCUGUCACCAUUUCUUUGGCUUACUCUGUCAAGAAAAUGAUGAAGGACAACAACCUUGUACGCCACCUGGAUGCAUGUGAGACCAUGGGCAACGCCACGGCCAUCUGCUCGGACAAGACCGGCACCCUCACCACCAACCGCAUGACUGUGGUGCAGAGUUUCCUCGGUGAUGUACACCACCGUGUGGUUCCGGACCCUGGACAGAUCAACCCCCGCACACUAGACCUAUUAGUCAAUGCUAUCUCCAUCAAUAGCGCCUACACCUCCAAGAUCUUGCCACCGGAUGUGGAGGGGGGUCUGGCCAAGCAGGUGGGCAACAAGACGGAGUGUGGCCUGCUGGGAUUUGUAUUGGACCUUAAGCGGGACUACACCACUGUCAGAGAUCAGAUCCCUGAGGAGAGACUGUACAAGGUUUACACAUUCAACUCAGAGCGUAAAUCCAUGAGCACAGUGGUCAAGCAGCCGGACGGUUCUUUCCGCCUGUAUAGCAAAGGAGCUUCUGAAAUUAUGCUAAAGAAGUGCUCCUCCGUCUUAGAUAGUAACGGAGAACAGCAUGCCUUCCGACCACGUGACAGGGAUGAAAUGGUCAAACAGGUGAUUGAGCCAAUGGCAUGUGAGGGGUUGAGGACCAUCUGCAUUGCAUACCGUGAGCUGCCGUCCAACCCAGAGCCAGACUGGGAAAAUGAGGCAGAGAUAGUAACAGAGUUGACCUGCAUCACAGUGGUUGGGAUCGAGGACCCUGUGCGGCCUGAGGUGCCCGAUGCCAUCCGCAAAUGUCAGCGUGCAGGCAUUACGGUGCGAAUGGUGACUGGUGAUAACAUUAACACAGCCCGGGCAAUUGCUGCGAAAUGUGGCAUCAUCCAUCCUGGGGAUGACUUUAUCUGUAUAGAAGGCAAAGACUUCAACCGACGAAUCAGGAAUGAGAAGGGAGAGAUUGAACAGGAACGUAUUGACAAAAUCUGGCCCAAACUCCGUGUGUUGGCUCGAUCCUCGCCAACAGACAAACACACUCUGGUUAAAGGCAUCAUUGACAGCACCGUCCUAGAACAGAGGCAGGUUGUAGCAGUAACAGGAGAUGGAACUAAUGACGGACCAGCUUUGAAGAAGGCCGAUGUGGGCUUUGCCAUGGGUAUCGCCGGGACAGACGUUGCGAAAGAGGCGUCUGACAUCAUCCUGACGGAUGACAACUUCAGCAGCAUUGUCAAGGCGGUGAUGUGGGGACGAAAUGUCUACGAUAGCAUUUCCAAGUUCCUGCAGUUCCAGCUCACGGUCAAUAUAGUGGCUGUCAUAGUGGCCUUCACUGGGGCCUGCAUCACUCAGGACUCUCCUCUGAAGGCAGUGCAGAUGCUGUGGGUGAAUCUGAUCAUGGACACAUUCGCUUCUCUGGCCCUGGCCACCGAGCCCCCCACCGAGGCCCUGUUGCUACGGAAACCCUACGGACGGAACAACCCACUCAUCUCACUGACCAUGAUGAAAAACAUCCUGGGCCAUGGAGUGUACCAGCUGAUCAUCAUCUUUUCCCUGCUGUUCAUAGGCGAGCGCAUAUUCAACAUCGACAGUGGCCGUAACGCUCCGCUCCACUCCCCUCCCUCUGAGCAUUACACCAUCAUUUUCAACACCUUCGUCCUCAUGCAGCUGUUCAACGAGAUCAAUGCUCGCAAGAUCCAUGGAGAGAGAAAUGUCUUUGAUGGCAUAUUCGCCAACCCCAUCUUCUGUUCCAUUGUUCUGGGGACCUUCCUUGUGCAGAUUGUGAUUGUGCAGUGGGGAGGGAAGCCCUUCAGCUGCGCCCCGCUCAACAUCGAGCAGUGGCUCUGGUGUCUUUUCGUGGGAGUUGGAGAGCUGCUCUGGGGGCAGGUGAUCGCUACAGUGCCGACCGCGCGGCUUCCAUGCCUGAAGGAGGCGGGAAUGGGCCACGAGCCUCGGGAAGAGGAAGGGGAGGAGAUGGCGGAGGAUGAGGAGGAGAUCGAUUGUGCUGAGAGAGAGCUGCGCCGCGGACAGAUCCUCUGGUUCAGAGGCCUCAAUCGCAUCCAGACUCAGAUGCGAGUGGUGAAAGCAUUCCGUAGUUCCCAGUACGAGGGCCGGGAGAAACCGGAAUCCCGCAACUCCAUCCACAACUUCAUGGCCCACCCAGAGUUCCUCAUCAACGACCUCAUCCACAACAUUCCGCUGAUCGACGACACUGACGUGGACGACGAAUCAGAGCUAAGCAGAUACCAGCACCUGCACCCGGCCCUCCGCAAGCCGCCGCCUCCUCCCACUCAGCCCCAGCCCCCGGCCCGAACCCACCCCACUCGCCCCUAUCGCCAGUAUAGCCUCCCGGUGACCCCGUGCAACAGAAACAACAACAACAACAGCAGCAGCAGCAGCAGUAUCAGUUCAGUGGUCACCCACGGCAACAACAACAGCACCAAUGAAGUUACUCCCAGUAGCCGCAGCCCCCAUCACCACCAUCACCACCACCAAUACCACCAUAACCAUCAUGGCAGGGACAGGCCGGUGAAACCCUUCGCCCCUCAUCUGGCCCAUCUCUACUGCAUUGAGACCUCCUUAUAA